GAGCAGAACGUGCUCCUAAAUCAAGUCUUUAUCUUGACUUGAUGUCACUGGUGUUGCCAUCCAUCUCGGCGAGAAGUUCUCUUCGGAAGACUUUCUUAAUAUGUGGUAUUAUAUGAAGGGAUAUCUAGAUGUAGACAGGUCCUCUGAGUUGGGGAAACUUUAUUGCAAGUCCAUGUAUAUAUCCCUGGGCUCGUUCGUGUGGGGGAUUUUUCAGGCAGAGCGUGGAGAGAAAGACUGGCUCCGAAGCAGCGAAAUCAAGCUUCAUAAAGCUUGGUAUUCAAUGUGCCUUGCAGAGCCGUUUGAGGAUGUAGAUAUGGAGUGUUUUAAAGAGCUGUUUGAUAUUAGCUCUAGGCAGAAAGGACCCACACCGCUUCAAAAAGAUACACUAGCGACAAUGUCGUUUGCCCUUACGGCACCCCCUCCUCGCUCCCGCGACUCUGGGUCCGGCGGUUAGCCCCCGUUCUUCUCCCCCUUGUCCCCUCUCCUUUCCCCUCUCUCCUUUCUUUUCUCUUCUCCUUUUUCCUCCCCC